ACAAAAAUGAAAAUAUGCAAUACUACAUUAUACUAUCAGUACUUGUACAGCACUAGUUAGGCUUUUCCAUUGUUUCCUAGGACUGGUGAGAAUGACUAAUCUUCAGGAAAUCAUCACUGGAUACAGGACAACUUUCCAGAAGCAACGAUUGAUGGCAGUAGGAACUAUGAAGCGUGUGAAGAAUUAUUUCCGCUGGCUUUAUUUUCAAUACUUGUUGAUUACCUGCUGCAUUGACCUGGAGCCCUGGGAAAACGUGCUGGCGAACAUUUUUGUUAUCACUAUUAUUACCAUGCUCGCAUUCACAAUGUAUGUGUUCAUUCCUAUCCAUCUGCACAUGGCUUUUCAGUUCUUUCUACAAUUCUUAAAUAAAUAGCAAAGGAGGACACUGACCUAUUCCUAUUACAACUGAGCCUGGUUGCUUUGUGUGCCACAUCUGUUUCAAUAGAACAAUUAAAUUUAAAAGCAUUUAAUCACUUUC